AUACUUCCUUGUGGCCAUUGCCUGCAGUGCAGACGGACACAACCGGAACUUGAUCCCCUUACACACAUUACUACAGGAUUAAGAAGCAAUUUGAGACUUCAAAAGCCGGCAUCAAGAGUGAGAGAUGUUGUCGCCAUCUUGUGGUUGAGGAGCGAAGAGUUGGCUGGGAGCAAAGGAGAGAUGGAGAAGAGCACUACGACCUCCUCGUGUUGGAUACGAUGAUGCAGGCGUUGUGAUGAUGUGAGCAAAUGAUCGAGAAAGUAUACUUAUCUUCCCUUUCACAAAGGUUUCGCUAUUGUUUGGCUUGAAAGUUACUGGAAGACAAAUUUCUCCUCUUCCUGUUUUUUGGAGGUAUGUCAAAGUUUCAUGAUCGGGGUUAUUUCAUGAACCUGUCUCGUUUCAUCAGUUCCUGCACGGAUGUAUAUCGCUUGUCUACUUGCACACGCAUUUUCCGCAUUAACAUUUGAACUAAGUUCGAAUUCGCUUCCUGUUUAUCAGUAACCAGAUAAUGCGAGCUUUCGUGUUGGUGGAGUUACAAAAGUUCAAGCAUUGUGAUCUGUUGUCCUUCAGUUUAUGAGCUCUUCAGUCGUGAGAAGAGGAUGUCGACUACUUUGACAAAAGGAAGACAAAAAGUAACACAGGUAUUGCAGCUUUACUGUUGACAUUUAUAACUUUACUGGGGUUCUGAAUAAUAAACUGAGAUUGCUCGCAGAGACCUGACAGCCUACAGCUUCCCACAAGGCUUAAGUCCUGUUCUCGGAAGACCACCAGUAGUUCAGAGAAAUACGUUCGUGGUUCCUGAAGUUUUUUUGGUGAGACCUAAGUGACCUAGCAAAAUAAACAAGUAAUCAGGAAUUACAAGAAGAGAAGAUAAACAUUUGAAGAGAAGCUGAAGUUGUGGAUAAACACUUGACAGAACAAGUGGUGGUAACCGAGUGAGGAGACGACCUCAAAACGUCCGGUAGGGAAAACAGAUGGAGGUAAGAUCGAGGACAGUUUGGGGAGCGCCAGCGAUGGAGGUCACGUGACCGGCUAGGGGAGCGCUGUGGCUGCGCGGUACGUGAGGGCAAGGUUUGCUCCGUAACUUGUCUGACCUUUCUGCCUGAAAAUUCUCUGCAUUUGCAACACCACGCCAGGUGCAAACACAGGUAAAUCCGAAGAAAGAGGGACCUAACCUUUUUUUACGCCCCCUACCUGCAGUUUGAGGUGCAGAACUCCCCCCUGGCCAGGUGUGGCCCUCAUCUGCUGCUGCAUCCCGGACUGAAAGGUGAGAGCGGCUGUACACGUCCCAAUAAGCAGGUCAAAGGUUGUGAGCGGACAGGUGACCUCACAUCACCAUCUGCCAUCGCAAGUCUCAGCUUCACGAUACGCUCACCUGUAGGUAUGAUCAGGGGCGGCGUGGCCAUGGCUCGUUGCUCGCGGGCCCUCAUGCUCCUCUGCGUCGUGUACGCCAUCGUGCUCGUGCUCUUCCAUCAGUCGCUGUCCCCCUCCAGCAGCAGCACCGCCGUCGAUGACCGCAAGAUCCCCGUCAUGGUCCGCGACAACGACCCAGCUGAAGACGACGCCGCCAACGACACCAUUCGAUGGCUGCGAAGCGCGGUGGAUGUGCACAAGCGGCUGCAAAACUAGAGGUGGGGAUGGUGCAGCUGGAGAAGCAGGUGUUCGACAUGAAGAUCUCACUAGCAGAGCGAGCCCUGGGUGAGAAGCGCGCCCGCCUGCUCGACGCUCUCAAGACGCGUGGGCCGCACCAACAAAGGGAGCUAAGCAGCAGCGCCGCCGCUGGAGCCCAGUCGCAGCCGCAGGGCGUGUUGUCCGCCUUGAAAAAGGAGGAGGAAGAGGAAGCUCUGGACUACACCAACAGCACCCUCAUCAGGGUCAGCGAGGGCCUGGCUGUCUUCUCCGCCUACCACGACGACCGUCAGGAGGAGGUGUGGGUGCGUAUAAUGGUGAUUAUACACGGAAAUGUCAACAGCCAGCGACUGCUCUGCCACUUCCACUACAACGGUGACAACACCGCCACCUACAUCAUCGAGGCUAAACAGUAUGAGAUGUGCGAGAAUCACAAGAAGACAUAUCUCGGCUUCAUCUACUCCUGCUCUGUGCCGUUGGGGCGCCACCUGGACUACACGCUGGCGGUGUCGCACGUGUCUAGCAACGACAGGCAAGUUCCGGUUCCUGUACAACGUGUGUCGCCACCAGUCACUUCCGGUCAAAAGGUCAGCACAGACAAGUUCGCCUACAACUUUAGCAUCUGUGUCUCCCCACUCUUUGGCUCCGUGAGCCCCAAGCGACUUGUGGAGUUUCUGGAACUCACACGGCUACUGGGUGUUCAGCAGAUCUUCUUCUACGACUUCUCCACCUCAGAGGUAGUGCAACGGGUGCUCAGGCAUUACGAGGGCAAUACGCUGGGUUACGGUUAUUCCUUGGCGAAUGCCGGAGAAGAUGUCCAGCAACAUCUGGUACAAUGGUCAACUGGUGGUCAACAACGACUGUCUGUACCGCACCAUGGCGCAGUCCGUCUACACUGCUUUCCACGACAUCGAUGAGUUCAUCGUGCCUCACUCCAAAGAUGCAAGAAUUUACUCCGACAUCAUUCCGCCUGAACUGCCAAACGACACGUGUGGCUACAGCUUCGCGUCGGCGUUUUUCGACGCUGGGGUGGCCACCCAGUUCCCCGACGACCUCAUGACCGUUUUCUCGACAGCUAGGUCAGAGGCCAUUAGCAAAGUUAGGACUAAGGUCAUGGUGAUGCCUCGCGUGUGUUCGAAGUGGGAAUACACCACGUCAGCAAGCAGCUGCUGGAGCCCUGGGAGUCCCGCCCCUUUAGCCCCGAGAGGGCGCUCCUGCACCACUACAGGGAGUGCCUCGACGACUAUGGCAUGCGCUGUGACUCUGGGUGAAGGACACAACCAUUCGGGAUCAUUACAUGCCUGAACUUAAGAUCCGAAUGGCAACUGCUGUGGAAGCCCUCAAACUUUAACCUGAAAAAGCUGAGAUUCAGUAUUAACAGCGUAAAACCAGCGAUGUGUGUGGACAGUCUUUCUUCGAGAUCAGGAAAUAUCGUCAACGAGCGGAGAGUCAGUGAACCCAAGAUCGAUUUCUACUGAAGAAGCAAGUAAAAUGAGCUAAUAUUGAUUAUUACAAUAAUAAUUAUAUUUGCUCCGACAUCUUCCAGUCUACAGAUGUAUUUUCUGAAUAUUUCGCCUCACAAGGAAAUAGUCAACUGAAAGGAAUCAGCGAAUUGUACAUUUUACUGACUUGCUUUGAGACAGACACUUGGGUCUCUGCAGUCGAGAACCUUUAAGGCUCCUAUGGACUUUGGACGUCGCCACUGGUCUUCCUUUAAAGUGCAUUUUGUUCGUCGGCAGGGAUCGGACGGAGCUGUUCGUCCACGAUCUGUGCCGAAUGCUUUCCGUGAGCCAAAUACGGUGUGCUUGCUCCAAUGCAAUAUAUUUUCUCUGUGUUUGUGUGUGUGUUAGCAAGAACAUUUUGGGUCACUUAUGUUUAGGGGGAAUGAUUGUCAUUCUCUUGUUAAAGAGAAACGAACAGCGCGGUUUGAAAUGUCUGAGCUUCCAGGUGUUCGCUUUUUGUUGUGCAAAUGUUUGGAGCAACAAACGGCCUGACAACAGAACUCCCACUAAUAUUUAUAAUUCUUUACAAUGUGUUUAAUAUAAUUAUUAUUUAUAAUAGAUUUUUGGCGGCCGCAGAUCUAAGUUUUUUUGUAUAGCAUUGUAUCUGCAUAAGCAUUGGCAUUUCAACUGUCUUCACAUUGGCAUUCCGUCAAUGGACAGUAGUGGUUUUGUGUCUUUUACCUCUCUCUGACUUUCACAAGCCCGUAAAGGGCUCAUUGUGAUGUCAGUCAAAAUUCUCGCCGGUACAGAAUAUGCUUUGUCCUUUUGAGCCGUCAUUUUGCUUGAAGAUUAUGUUACAGAAUUCCAAUGAUUGAGGUAUGAUUGACAUUGUUAUAUUAACAAUGAAGAUGCACAUACCACAAAACUUCAUUCUUAUUAGGAUUUGUUAAUCUUUAAACACAGUUUGAACAUUGACAUUAUUUAAUCAAUGACUUCAAUCGUAAACAUUGAAGUUAGUAGAUGUUUUCACAAAAUGUAAGAUAUACGAGGACUAAUAUUUCCACAGUCUUCUGCUCUCUGUUUGGCAUCACUGAGGGACGGUGUGAAUGAACUUUGGUUAUCUUUCUGCUUCCAUCUGCGUUUCUUGUCUAGUUUUUCUCCAUGUUUUCGAUGUUUUCAUUCAACAUCCUGAAACUCAUUUUCAGUCUAGUCAGUGUUAAAUGAAAAUGCAAGUGAAAUGUCGUGUUGGACUUAAAAGAUAAGCAUUUUGUGAAGUUUUUACUCAUGAUGUUGGAUUUCAAAGAAAUUAAUUUUUCCUUAAUGAAAUCUUUAUUCAAAACAUCAUUAUCUAUCAUUUAAGCCUACCCUGUUCUUCCACUUGCCAUUUCCUGUAAGCGAAUUGUCAAUACAAAUGUGAUCAAACAAUGGAUAUAUUAUAAUUAUCUGAUAUUUAUUCCUUUAAACCAGAAUAUUGUCUUGUUCUUUGUUUUAAUCCUUUUCUGUACAGGUUCUUCAUGAUUAACAAGAGUUUUACAAAGCAGCUGGAACUGUACACAGAAUCACACGGAUUCUGACUUUAUUUUAAUUUUAUACCGUCUGUAUGCCAAGUCUCAGCUGGACAGCAGCUGUGAGUGUAAUCUAUGGUCAUAUGGUCAUCUUCCCUGUUCCAUGUUACUUCUUCCGUGUCCAGGUUGUGACUAGACUUUUAGCUUCCCGGGUCACAUGACUAGAUCUGGUUAAAUUGUGAUACAGGAGAGGACAAGGUUCCGUGACAUUGCUUCUAAAGGGAGGCAUGGUGUUGAUAUUUGCUUGCCUCCGCUAGUAGCCCCAUCCUCCAUGCCACCCGACGCUUUUGAUUUACUGCAAACAUCGUUCUCGUCAUCAGUGUCUUGUACCCGCGCUUGUCCUUCCAUGUUUGGUCAGACACGUGCUGUGAAUGCGACUGACAGUUCUUCCAUCACGAGAAAUCACUGCUAUAGUAGACUUUGGUAGCAUUGACAAACAGUUCCUACCUUGCCCAAUAUGGGUAGAAAGCAAUUUCUGUUGAAACUUCAAGGCACGCAAAGGUGCUAGUCAACUAUCGACAUUCAAGAGUAUUUAUUUUCCCAUCUUUGCUAUAGACAUUAAAGCUGUUUUUUCCCCUUUUCUGUUGGCAUACUGAAUGUCCUGUUUUAGUUUACACCGUUGUUUCGUUGUGUUGCCUGAUUUUCGCGUACAAGCAGAGCUUCUUUUUUACUCUCCAAAAUAAUCCAUUGGUUCUCAGAAAUUGUAAAGCUAAAAACUGAGCCAGAUUGUCAUGCAGUCGUGUCUGUCGUUGUAUAAUCGAGGUGAAUAUUAAAGAACUGAAUGCAUAAAUGUGAUAGUUUAUGCCAUCUCCGGACCAAAAAUAUAAUCAGCCAAGUGGUAAAAUUCAUCAUAUGAUGAUAAGGCCCUCGAUCUUAAGCCAUUCUUUUAUAUUCAGCUUUUACCGGCAGAAUGUAAAGUUCUUCAGAAAUCAAGUAUUUUAAAAAAAGAUAUUGUAUGUGAGAUUCAAAGAGAGUUCGACACCUUAUCCCUGGUCUUUGACCCACCCGACUGUUUGAACACAUUCCACUUACGUCUUUAACCUGUUCUAUUCUACUCCCUCGGCCUGUGGGUCACUUGGACAGCGACGCUUGCUGUGAAGCCCUACAUCAACAUUCCUUUAACUUUCAUGUCAGACAUUUGAAACUGAUGGAACAGAAUAAUGUUAUUAGUUUUUUUUUAUCUAAUGGAAACACUUGUGUGUUUAUGUUGCUACUUGCGGCGAAUUCUUUCAUUCCUAAUGCUUGGCACUCUACUGUUACUUAAUGUUACACAGGAUAUUCCUAUCUCGAGAAGUGGUUAUCACAGGCUGGAUAUUUUUUGUAAUGCGUUGUGGCCCUAGCGCUAAUUAUUUCCUAUGGUUUUAUGAAAGUAAAAUAUUCAGUACAUAUUCCCAAGCCAUUCCAGAGCUUAAAAACCUUUUUCAGGUAUGUCACCAAACUCUUUGACUGAUUUUAAGGAACAUUCCAGAUGGUAUCGUCAAGUUCAAUGGUGUCAUAUCCUACCUGGAUUUUUCUUUUGUUAUUUUCUCAAACAUUCCAACAAGUGUUUUUGAGUGGAAGACUAAACGAAAGCUGAAUUGUAAACUGAGUGAAAGUUAUUUCCACAUUCCCCACAACUCAAAACGUCUUGCUUGUGAGAGGUUGGAACUGCAUAAUUGUGUUGAAUUUAAUAUGGUUAUGUUUGUUAACAGUUUAUCACUUUGUUUCUCAAAUAUACAGUGAUUAACAGCGUUUUAAUUAAUCAAACUCUUCAGGGGGGAGCCAGGUAUUGUCUCUAAACUCGAAGGAAGUGUGGAUUUGCAAAAUAUAAAAUUUGUUGAUCUCAAGAGACGAUAAACUUCGUGCAUAUUCUGACAACAAAAUAAAUAUUUGUGAUACAU